AUGCCUCGUCUUUUUACCGCCGGUGCAGCUGGCAUGUUCUUGAUGUUUGCGCGCAGCAUCUUGGCCCUUCCUCAAGGCCAUGAAAUAUUCAAUUCCCGGGCCACCACCGACUAUCCUUUGGUAAAUGCAAAUAUAAGCAUCGGCAAGACCAUCUUUGUGAAGGAAGGCGAUACUGUCUGGGACUUGGCCGCCACAUAUCGAGUGGGUGUCUGUGAUCUAGCCCGGAUGAAUGGACUAGCUGAUCCUGAUUUCAUAUAUCCUGGAGAAAAGUUUUUGAUUCCAGCUGAGUCCGCCCAUCCGGACGAUUUCUCCUGUUUGGACCAAAAUAACACCGAGACUACCAACCCCUGCGUGGUUGGCGGUCCGCAUGUAUACACCACCAUGCCUGGAGAUACCAUUCAGAAGAUUGCCAAUGUGCGGUACAACGUUACUGUUGACUCGAUUCUCUCAUACGCAGCGCAGACAGCGUAUAUCGUUGACCUGGACCCUGGCCCUUACACUGAAUUAGAAAUGGGCCAGUUGGUCAAGAUUCCUCUGUGUGAGAAUACUGAAUGUAUUUUGCGCACCUUUAACUUCCACUAUGGUACAUUUGUUGAUGUGGCGCGUGAGUUUGAGGUCACUACUGGUCAGAUCAUGUCUUUGAAUCAGGGUUUCAACCAUAGUGACGGUGGAGACACAGCUUCCGCUGCCUUGACUCUGACUACAAACUGCACCUACAUGGAUGACUCUUGGUACUAG